UCAAAUCAACCCAAAUCAAGUUCAUCACUAAAUCUUCAUCUUCAUCUGUUGUUGACAUUUUCAUCCAACUCUUAUUCUGUGAUUUGUUGAAUGGCAAUACAUUUAAAGUUAUCAUGUUUAACCUCAUUCCUUGUCUAACCAAGUUUAUUAUAUUAACAUUAUCAACUUACAAUGUUUCCUCAACUUUACAGCGACAUAAAAUUCCUAUCGGGGGCAUUUUUACACCAGGAAGCACUGAACUUCAAAGUGCAUUUAAAUAUGCAAUUUCGUUGCACAACAAGAAUGAAUCUUCACGAUUCCAGGUUGAACCAAUUACAGAUGUUAUCGACACCAAUGACCCGUUCAGGUUUACCCGUCAAAUGUGCCUACAGCUGAGUCGAGGUAUAUUUACCCUUGUUACACCAAUUAUUGGACCAUCUUAUGAGACUCUUGUUUCUUAUUCAAAUACCUUUCAGAUGCCUUUCAUUCAUCCAGGAUAUCCGGAAACAAACAGUCAAAAUAUUCCCAAUUUUGGAUUAAACAUCCGACCAGAGUAUCUCAAAGCAAUAGUCGAAGUUAUCAAAUUGUACAGAUGGAAAGACAUAAUCUACAUUUACGAUUCAGACGAAGGUUUAAUUAAACUACAACACGUCUUUUCAAUUUUAUACUCGGAUGGACACACUCUUCAUUUGCGAGCAGUGAAGAGAAUCGCCAACGGUAUUGAAGGCCAUUCUUUCCUUCGAGCAAUUGAACACAAAGAAAAGGACGCAAUGAAAUAUGUUAUCGUCGAAUGUGACGCUAAAGUAGCCAAAGAAAUGAUCUCUCGUCAUGUUCGCGACAUCUAUAUGGGUCGACGAAACUUCCAUUAUUUUUUAACCAAUUUGAUUAUGGACCAGUUUACAGGGAUGAAAAUUGAUGAAUUUGGUGCCAUCAAUAUAACUGGAUUUCGCAUACUCAAUCGAAGUUCAAUCUUUUUCCGAACUUUCAUUAGCUCUUGGAAAGCAUUGGAUCCUUUCCACUGGCCAGGAGCUGGACAUCGUUACAUUUCGGCUGAUGCUGCUCUUAUGUUUGAUGGAACUCGAAUCUUGCUUGAUGCACUGGAUCGCAUAUUGACCGAUCGACCCAAUGUAUUUGAUGCCAAUUUACGUGACAAUGAAGUUUAUAAUGGAAACAAUCCAAAGCCUGGGAUCAAUUGUGCUGAAACUUAUCCAACUCUUUACUGGGAACAUGGAAGGUUAAUUGUUCAAUACUUGAAACAAACUAAUAUUGAAGGUUUAACGGGGCGAAUUGUCUUUGAUGAUUCAAGUGUUCGUCGCAAUUAUUCAAUAGACAUGAUUCAAACCACAAUGAAUAGUGAGAUGACCAAGAUUGCUGAAUGGUCAGAAGAAGAAGGAAUGUCUUCAGUUCCAGCAAACUAUCAUCGAGUUUACCAGAAUAACGCCAAUUAUGAAAAUAAAACUUAUAUUGUUACGAGUAUUAUUGAAGAACCUUACUUAAUGUACAAAGAAGUGGGUGAAGAUGGAGUUGAAUAUGAAGGUAAUGAUAGAUUCGAAGGUUACUGUAAAGAUUUGGCAGAUUUAAUUGCUGAACAUUUGAAGAUAAAUUAUGUGCUUCAACUUGUGGCUGAUAGAAGGUAUGGUGGAACCGAUAAAAACUCCCCUGUUGGAUGGAACGGAAUGGUUGGUGAAUUGAUUAAACAGGAAGCUGAUAUUGCAAUAGCACCAUUAACGAUAACUUCAGCCCGUGAACGUGUCAUCGAUUUUACUAAACCUUUUCUAUCACUGGGAAUCAGCAUCAUGAUCAAAAAGCCAGCCAAAAAGAAUCCAAGUAUCUUCUCCUUCAUGAAUCCAUUGAGUCAAGAGAUUUGGAUGUGCAUCAUUUUAAGCUAUUUUGGUGUCUCAGUGGUCAUGUUCAUUGUCAGCCGAUUCUCACCCAUGGAGUGUCGAGUUGCUCAUACACAUGAGGGUCAAACCGUUUUGACAAAUGAUUUUACUCUUUACAAUAGCCUUUGGUUUGCACUUGGAGCCAUAAUGCAACAAGGAGUUGAUGUUUGUCCAAGAUCUUAUGCUGGUCGCAUUGUUGGCAGUGUUUGGUGGUUUUUCACUUUGAUUAUAAUUUCAUCUUAUACUGCUAAUUUGGCUGCCUUUUUAACCGUUGAACGGAUGGUAACACCAAUCAACAGUGCUGAUGAUCUUGCCAAGCAAACUGAAGUUGAAUAUGGAGUUCUUAAAGAUUCAUCUACAAUGGAGUUUUUUAAGAAAUCAAAGAUACAAGUUUACUCUAGAAUGUGGGAAUUCAUGAAUUCACAUCCCCAUGUUUUCGUAGACUCUUAUCAAGAAGGAAUACGCCGGGUUCGUGAAUCAAAGGGAAAAUACGCCUUUCUAAUGGAAUCAACUUCAAAUGAUUAUAUUAAUCAACGUCAACCUUGUGACACCAUGAAAGUUGGCCGUAACCUGGAUGCUAAAGGGUUUGGUGUUGCUACGCCAUUGGGAUCACCAUUAAGAGUGUCACUUAACUUGGCUGUUUUGCAUUUAACCGAAAAGGGUGACUUGACUCGACUGGAAAAUAAAUGGUGGUACGAUAGGUCCGAGUGUAAAUCGAGUGACAGCAAAGAAUCGAGUAAAAGCUCAUUAACUCUGUACAAUGUUGCUGGUUGUUUUUACAUUCUCAUUGCUGGACUAAUUAUUUCAAUGAUUGUCGCCAUGAUUGAGUAUCUCUGGAGAUCUAGAAGGGAAAGUGAGCGAUUCAAAGUUCGUGAAACGUUGAUUAACCACAAGAUGAAUUGAAGAGGCUAAACACGGAUAUCCAUUAAAUGUGAUUUAAUUAAACCAUCAACCAGUAUGACCAAAUGUAAUGAAGAUAAUUUUCCUGCUCUUAUUGUGAUAAAGUGCCCACUCAUCAGCAUAAUGGUAAAUUAUGCAAUAGAGACGAUAUUAAUGUGAAAUAAUGCUCAAACAAAUUAACCAGAUUAAUCCAUGUUUCACCUUUUCGCUCUUUUCCUCCAUUCAAUUUAUAUGUAUUUAAGUUAAUUCAAUCAACAGUUUAAAAGUCAAUAUCUAAUGUCAAUUUAAAAUCAUCUUUAGGCACAAUUACUUUGCACUCUGCUCAAGUAAAAUAUCAACAAUUUACUUAGAUACUGGUCUUGGGUUGUAAGACUAAAAUUGGAUAAAUUGUAAUCUUAUUAAAAUCUUGUAUUGUAAUUACUUUGAUGAAAAAGCACAAUUUGUUAAUGCAUCAAUUACCGUAUCGGCGCACAUAAUGUCACGGUGCCUCGGAUCGAGCUCGCUCGUAAUAAGUGAGAAUUUUAGUCACUGAG